GGUCGAAACUUGAAACUAUCCCUCUAUCGGGGCGAGAACACUCAAUAGCUCCCAGGCAUAGGCAUAUACCUUUCGUCAGUGCCUUUAGCCAGUUCAACUAGCAAACCAAAACUAAUUUUGAGUAAAAUUUGUUUAAAUUAUUGUAUAAAUCCGUCAAUCAAGAAAAUAAAACUUUUUGGUAACCAAAACCUAUUCGGCAACAUAGUUCGCCUUAACAUAACCGUUGCUAUACCCUUUGGCGCUAUGCAAGCGAUCGGCAGGAGUGCCGGACGAGGAGGAGUGGCUAACAGGGCCAGUGGAGGUCCCAAUGGAAAUAGGGCCAACACCACCGCUGCGGGGGUCACAAUGCGUUCCAAGUUAACGGCACCUCUAUCGACGCACACGACGGGAACACGGAAAACUGUUCACGGCGGAGGGGGCGAUGGAGGAACCGUCGACGUGGCGGGCUCGGCUUGGAAGCAGACAGGCCGCCGCCUUGGAAAUAGCAGCGGCGUUGCAGGAGGUAACCCCAUCAACCGACUGGCCCAGCCCACCAUAGCCUCAUCGCUGAGGGCCACCAACAAUCGCCAGCAACGAGGAACUCACCCGAAUGCCCAGCUGGAACGAAACAUUACCACCGGCAACGACAUUGUUCCAUCGAAGCCACCCAAACGUCGGGUGAUGUCCGCUGCGGCCAAGCAGGCUGCCCGGGAACGUUUGUGGCCCACCAGGCCAGCUGGUGGCAGCACCCACACCUCCAAUCUGCGCAAGGAGAAACUUAAUGUGGCCGAAGAACCCAAGUCCCUGGAUGACUACGAGGCCCUAUUGAGGGAGGGGGAGGCAGAGGACAACGAAGGGGCAGUCCAGGAUGUGCUCGAGACGGGUGUACAAACCAACGAGGCGGAGAUCCUAGACCACGAGCUUCUCGUCGGCACCGUCAAGAUGGUGACUCCUUCGAGGCGCUUGGUGGAGCAGAUCGAACGCGAGCGGCGCGAGACGAAGGCCAAGCUUGAUCGGCAGACGGUGCGCAGGUUUGCACCUUACGAGCAGGACGAGGAACUGCAUCUGGACGAGCUGAAAGAGUUCUCCGAGCGCAAUGCAGUGACCAAGCGGGCACCCAAGAAGCCCCCACCGAUCACCUAUUCCACGUACGACAAUCAGUACCAGAACGUGUUUAAGUCCAUGGAUGACUUCUUCUCGGGGGAGAUUCCCAAAUCAGAAUCGGUGACCAACAUCCAGGAGAGGAUCAGGCGCAAGGAGCAGGAGCUGAUGAGUCUCUUCGACGACGUCGACUAAAGUGAUUAA